AUGAAAGCAAAAAUCAACCUCCAUCAAAUCAAAGGCAGCAGAAUAGACACCUUUCGUGUCAAUUCACCUUAUAACCGACCAACCCAGCAACGACAACAACAACAACAGUCAAACAAUAAUGUCAGACCUCAAACAGCCUAUAGUCCAAAUUACAUUCAGGCCAAUUUACUCUUACAAGCCAUCAGACUCAAUAACCUUCGACGAUUAUCACCUGGCUGUAUAGAACAUCUUGCUGGUUAUGUUACUCAUGCAUGGGAAGCCAAUACGGACGACAAGACCCAGCAACUCACAAAGGUGAUCAACAACCUUUUAGAUUCGACUGCCGUAGAAGCUAGUUCUCUUGACGAUGCCCUAGUAAAGUUUUGCCGCAACUCUAUUGCGACUCCUACUGUCUGUCCCAGCGUCACCUUGUUGGUAGCCAUUGGUUAUAUCGAAAGAUUAAAACAGAAAUAUAACAAUAUCAAGGGCACUUCGGGAUGUAGCCAACGCUUGGUAAUGGUGGCCUAUAUGAUGGCCGCAAAGUUCUUGCACGCCAAUCUACGUCUAAUUGUCGACACUAAUCACAACACCAAUCCCAACCCCAACCCAUCUCCUCCACCAACCGAGCCUAACCUUAACCCUAUCUCGCCUUCUCGUCGGUCAUCCGAAGGCUCUAUUUCAUCAGCAAUGUCUUCUGAUGAACGCAUCACCCUCCCACCUCUCACCCAACCUUCCCCACUCCUGCAACCAAUCUCGCCUCCAACAUCUCCAAAGUCUCUCUCGGCCUACCACUACUUUCCUUCUCCAAACACUCCAGCCCAACAAAUCCAGACCCAUACCAAAUCAUCAAUAUCAUCAAUAUCAAUAUCUUCUUCAAACUCUUCAGAUUCUAAUGUUUCUUCGCCUUCAUCAUCUCCUUCUCUGUCAUAUUCUUCUUCUCGGGAAUCAUCUCCAAUCAUCACCUCUCAACAACAUCAGACCUCAGACUCAAACAACCUUCCACCCUUACUUGACAAGAACCCAUCAGUCAAAGAUCGAGGAUAUGGUGUAUUCAGAAUGGAAUUUGAGUUUCUUCAUUUCCUCAACUACAAUCUAUCUCUUUCAAAUCCUUCUAGUUUAGUCCAAUGGGCACAUAACAUGAAUUCCUCUUCUUCUUCCUCUUGAUUUUAUAAUGUAAUGUAAUUUUAUUUUUUUGUAUUCUAUUUGUAUUUUUUUUUUUUUAUCAUUCAUUCAUUUACUCCACCACCCCCAUUCUCAUAUAUAUAUAUAUAUCCUCCCAUUUUAUAUAUCUUUCUUUAUUACUAUUGUUUGGCUUUUAGUUUUUCCUUUUUGUAUUCACUUCUUUUGUAUUUAAUUUUUUAUUUUUAUUUUUAUUUUUAUUUAUUUUUUUACCUUCAAAACAAACAAAUAAUAACAACAUUAACU